AUGAAAGGAAAAGCAUCAAAUAAGAAAAAGAUUUCCAAAAAAUAUGGUGUGAGAUAUGGAUCAAGAUUGAGAAAGAUUGUUAAUACUAUAGAAGUGAUGCAAAAAGCCAAGUAUGUAUGUGAAGCAUGUGGAAAAAAAGCAGUUAAAAGACAAGUAGUAGGCAUAUGGAAAUGUAAAAUAUGUAAACAUACUUUUGCAGGAGCAGCUUAUGGACCAAGAAGUACUAAGUUGGGAUCAGAAGCAAUGAGAAAUUAA